GUGAGCAGGCUGCUGGACGUCGCGCGCGGGCUGCAGAAGGCGUAUGCGAGCGCGGUGAUGUUCUCCGUGGCCGUCCCGGGGGUGGACGCGCGCGAGCCCGAGCCCGAGCCCAGGGAGGAGGCGCACGAGAAGGAGGACGAGAAGGCGGUGGUGGUGGUGGUGGACGAGAAGGCGGUGGGAGGGGAGGUGCACGCACCGAACCCGAGACCGAGACCGAGACCGCACGGCUACCGCGCGCGCGCAGCCGACGUGUCCGCGUUCACCGCCCCGCCCCCCGCGUGCGCCCAGCACACGCACACGUUCGCGCCGUACGCGCUCGUCCCGCUCCUCCCCGCGCCCGCGCCCUCCCGCCCCGCGACGUGGCGCCUCCGCCCCAUCGCGAACCCCGUCCUCCUCCGGCUGAAGGCGCUGCAGAACUGCUGCGGCGCGAAGCGCCUCGCGUGGGAGGGGCGAGCAAGGGAGGGGAGCUUGGGGUGUGGACGGGAGAGGCUGGUGGGCAUCGCGUGGGAGGGAAGGGGGCGGAGCGGGUUGAGGGUUGAGGUAAGGUGGGAGGGGUAGGAUUCGUGCUGGGGG